AUGAGCCUCCCGAUCGCAGAAUCGCCGAGUCUCAUCGUGUCCAUCAAGGACGAUGGAAUCGCCAUUCUGGAACUGAACAGACCGAAAAAGAGGAAUGCAUUGUGCCAGGCUUUGAUGGAUGAGCUGAUCGCGGCUUUGGGUCAAAUUGAUCGCAACCCCACGAUUUUCGCUGCCGUCUUGACCAGCUCUGGCCCAUUCUGUGCUGGCGCAGAUCUAACUGAACUGGCGAAGCUUACGACAGCCGAGGCGACCCGUGUGGGAUGGCUGAAAGAUCUCAAUGAAGCGUUCUCAAGUUUUCGGAAGCCUAUUCUGGCAGCUGUGAGGGGGUUUGCAGUGAGCUGGCUAUCCCCCACGUCACUUAACAAGCAUGCUGACGACCCAUACCAGUUAGGCGGGGGCUUUGAACUCGCACUUAUGUGUGACAUGGUUUACGCAACGGCAGAUGCGCGGUUUGGUUUCCCAGAAAUUACCCUGGGCACGAUACCGGGAGCAGGUGGCACGCAAAGGCUCACCAAGACGAUUGGAAAGCAGAAGGCAAUGGAACUUAUAUUAACUGGCGCAACCACCUCGGCAACGGAGAUGGAACGUCUAGGCGUUGUGAAUAGAGUUGUUCCCAACGAACAAGAUGUAUUAGAGGUGGCAACAGCAGUGGCACGGACUAUUGCGUCGUUUUCAGCGCCAGCGAUUAGCCUAGCUAAACAAGCUGUUCUAGCAGGGCUAGAGAUUGAGCGUGCAUUGUACUACAGCAGCUUUUCACUUGAGGAUUGCCGCGAAGGCGUUGCGGCUUUCAAGGAGAAACGAAAAGCAACUGUCCAACACCGUUAA